AUGGCAAUGAAAAUCCCCCAUUCCCCAGUGAGAAUGAAUGAAUGGCUUUCUCAGAAAGAAGCUGCAACUGGACCGAGUGCGGGGGAUCCUGGGCAACGCGCCGAUCCCUUGUGCUUGGCCCAAUUUUCGGACGGGAGCCGUUCAUGGUUCUGGCAGAUGGGGAUUGACUUUCCCAGUGAUUAUCCCUAUCCCUCAAAGACAGGCGGCCCUGGUCAACAACACGCGCACAACAGAAGCAUCAAGGAUAAUCUAUCCCACACACCAAUCGAUGGAUGCAACAGCACGAAUAGGCAGCCAGAUCACCGUGCGGCAUUGCAUCAUUCAUUGAACUUUGUUUUCCCGAUCCAGCACCUUCCCAUCAAGGGUUGCGCUCGUGCAUGGAUCUCGUUUGAGAACGGAGUGAAGGAUGUCCUCUCAUCCAGACCUUUUCUGGCUGCUGGUGCUGCUGGUGCUGCUGGUGGUGGGGGUGAACGGAGCACGUCCACCGUGAGUUCAUUCUCCAACGGAGUCUCCGAUGCCGGAGUCCAUGCGUCUCAUCUGCGGGGGCUCGGCGAUGAUGCGAGUAUGUCUGCUGUGAAGAUGACGAGGCAGCUGGGGAACGAGCGCAAGAUUGCAUUGCAUCUGACCCAAAUCAAAGGAACUUGGUUAGGGUCCCUGCCAGUCACUCGCCCCGUCCGGAAUAAGCUAUGGAUUAGGCCGAUCGGGGGGAUCCGCCCAUCCUCAGCUGUUCAGCUCGCUAUUCUCCAGAUAGCAAGCAACAUUCCUCCGACCAGGAGGAGGGCAGCAAAAGAAGACGGUCUCUGGGGUGCCCUCCACUCCCCCCACUUUGCAGACUCGCUUCCUCAGCCGACAACGUUCUAG